AAAAUGGCAGUUUUUCCCAAAAUACAAACACAUUUCAUACUAAUACGAUAAUUUUUUUUAAUUUUGACUGUUUCAUAUAAAUUUUUACAUAAAUAAACUAAAUUUGAAGUAUUAGAAAUGGAAUUAAAUGAUCACGAACGCGAGUCCUUUGAAUGGGCAUUCUCCUUACUAACCGACGAUAAAUCUGGUUUCAUUACCCAAAAGGAACUCGUUGGGUUUUUGCACGCUUUGGGGAAGACGGCAAGCGAAAGUCAGAUGAACGCCAUGAUCAACGAGGUGGACGAGGAUGGUAAUGGAUUCAUCGAUUUCAAAGAGUUCGUCACCGCCUUGUCGCGAAAACUGAGUGGAAAUCUAGAUGAUGACGAAAUACGCGAUACAUUUCGGGUGUAUGACAAGGAGAACACCGGUUUCAUUACCGCCGACCAGGUAAAGACCGUAUUCUUCGAUUUGGAUCAGCCGAUAGCAGACGACGAGAUUGAUGAAAUGAUUCGCACCUAUGAUAGCGAUGGCGAUGGAAUGCUGAACUACGAAGAAUUUGUCGAAAUGUUGACAACCCGUUAGACAAUGAUUUUUAAGCUCAAAUCUCUUUCAAUUAAAUAACCAAUUUGAUUUCA